UGACAGAAAGAAUCACGUAACACAUUAUUCUCAUACAUCUGUAUCUAUCAGAUUUUGAAAAUUGCUUCGAGAAUAAGGUGAGAAAUUGAAGAAAAACGUAAAAAUGGCUUCGCUAAUUGUGCGACAGUCUGUUCGACGAUAUUCAGCCUCGCCACUCCCGACCAAACAGGACUAUCAACAUGCAGAGAAAGCCGCAAAAAUGUGGGAGAAAUUGUCACUUUUCGUGGCUAUCCCUGUAUGCAUAAUAACUGCUGCGAACACUUAUUUCAACCAUCAUGAGCACGAGAGACCCGAAUUUAUUCCCUACGAUCAUCUCAGGAUUCGCAACAAGAAAUUCCCAUGGGGAGAUGGCAACCAUACUCUCUUCCACAACCCAAAAGUGAAUGCUCUUCCUACUGGCUACGAGGAUUAAGUUUAGACUUUAUACUCAGGUUGGAAAACAUCAAACUUGUAGUUUCCUGUUGAUAAAAUUAACUGAGCAUACGAGCAUCAAGUGUAUUCGCAAAUAUUGUACAAAUAAUGUGGAUGUUUACGAAAUUAAAUAAAUGAUUUUUGGCGUCCA